AACAAAUCAGAUUGUUUUGUUAUUAUUAUAAGUCAGAGAUUUCUCCGCUCUCACAGUUUUUCAAAUUGAGAUCUUCAGUUUUUUUUCUCUCUCAGUCUAAACAAAACAAAAAAGCGUUAAAAGUUUCUAAGUUCAUCAAUGGAGAAAUCAAUGGAGAAAAGCGUGAGCUCUGCUGCUUCUGGUAAUUCAAUAAACUCGAAGCUGAGGUAUCCUCUCAGAUCGGCUCUUAGAUCCAAGGAAGGGAAGCCUCCUGUUCCUGAUUUCUCUGCUUCUUCUAUGCCCAGAAGGGCACGAGUUGUAUCUGCUGUUAGUCAGAGUACAACAGUUCUUGAUUUGUCUGGGAAGAAGAGUGUUGAUCGAACCAAGCUACCACCAAGAAGACUUUCGAUUCCAAACAAGCCCACAAGCAAUUCUUCUGUUAAAUCAGUGAGCAGCAGCGUCACUUCUCUUUCUGAAGUCAAGCCAAAGAGAUCACGCAUUGUUCCUAGAAGCUUCAAUGAAACAACAACACCUGUCUCUAGUAAUCUCAGAUCAUCAGUGACUCGAAAGAAAGUUGAAGACUUGUCUUCCUCUACUUAUUGGCUGACUCAUAUCAAGCUAGCUGAAUCCGUGGCGAAACAUUCGAUCUCUCUCGGUUUCUUUAAACUUGCUCUUCAUGCAGGGUGUGAGCCACUUGACAAGAUGAAAGAAGAGUUGAAAUUGUAUGCUCGUCGCAAUAACAUGGAUGGGCUUGCUGAUGCUAUGAAGGAACUUUCGGAACUGUACAAUAUCUCUGAAGAAUCCAAUCAGGUGCAGGUCUCGGAGACUAGUUCUGUUGUAGCUGAAGAAACAGCUAUGUCUCUGAACAACGAUAAUGAUGUCCAGAGUUCAUUCUCCACUCCUGGAAAUUCGAACAUCACAUCAGAGAUCACGAAAGACGAUGCUUUGCAAGAUUCAACCGUCACAAAAACAACUAAGGAAAAAGAUGCUUUGCAAGAUUCAUCUGUCACAGAAACAACUAAGGAAAAAGAUGCUUUGCAAGAUUCAUCUGUCACAGAAACAUCUAAGGAAGAAGGUGCUUUGCAAGAUUCAUCUGUCACAGAAACAACUAAGGAAGAAGAUGCUUUGCAAGAUUCAUCUGUCACAGAAACAACUAAGGAAGAGCAGGCGUUGGAAACUGUAACACAAGGAAGAACUAGAAAGUCUCUGGAGGUAAUCAAUGUGAACCAAGAGAAUGAUUCAGAGGUUGUUCAGGAAUCCGAAGAAGGGCUCCGUCCAUCAGCAGAUGGUGUUCAGAUCGUGACUGUUGUUAAACCUUCAGACAAGAAACGUGCCAGAAAGGAGACUGUUCCUAAGAACAACCUGCCGGUGAGGACAAAGAAAUCACUAGCAACCAACUCUGCUAAUUCAAAAACAGUUCAAGUAAACAAGGAUGAUAAGUCUCAGAAGAAGUCUGAGAGGAUCACUAAACCCAGGACUAAGAGAGUUCAAGAAGAGUCAAAGAAGUCAAUUAAGAAAUCUACUGCUAAAGAAGGUGAAGUUAAAUCUCUGAAGCAAACAGAGAAAAUGGAGAACAAAGAAAACACGGUUGUUGUUGGUGCAGGAGAAGACAUCCAGGUUUAAAUGAAGAACAGAGAAGCGUUUCUUCAACAUAUCUCAAACAAUCUUUUUCUUUUGGUUUGAAUGAUUUGUUCAAGUACAUAGUUGAAAAACCUUUGCAAGUUUGUUUCCAAAGUGUGGUUUGAAAGACAACAAAUGUUUUAUUUGCUUGCUCUGUAAUUGUUUUAAGUUUUACUUUCAUGUCUUCAUUUGAAGUCUUUCUUCUACUGUUGUCUCUUCAAAUUUGGUUAUUCACUAUUAUCAAAAUAUAUAUAUAUUUAUAGCAG